AUGGGAUCACAAAGGACCGAGCCUGAGGGCGCAUCAUCAUCAUCAUCAUCUCGGCCUGUCUGGUUUUUCGACAUAGACAACUGUCUCUACCCUAGAAGCAGCAAAGUCCACGACCUAAUGGCGCAGCUAAUAGACGAGUACUUCGCCAAGCACCUGGGCGUCUCCGAAGAGGAAGCCAUCCGGCUGCACAAGGAGUACUACAAGAACUACGGGCUGGCGAUCGAGGGGCUGGUGCGGCACCACCAGAUCGAUCCGCUCGAGUACAACGCCAAGGUCGACGACGCCCUGCCGCUCGAGGGCAUUAUUACGGAAAACCCGCAGCUGCGCAAGCUGCUCGAGGACAUCGAUACCUCCAAAGUGAAACCCUGGCUGCUGACCAACGCCUACGUCACCCACGGCCGCCGCGUCGUCCGGUUGUUGGGUGUUGAGGACCUGUUCGAGGGCCUCACGUUCUGCGACUACUCCGAGAUGCCUAUUGUUUGUAAGCCGCACAGGGACAUGUUCCUGAAGGCGAUGAGGGAGGCCGGCGUGGAGCGGGCUGUGGACUGCUACUUUGUCGAUGAUUCGUAUGGCAACUGCGUCGGCGCCCACCAGCUGGGUUGGAAUACAGUCCACCUGGUAGAGGAGGGACUACCCGUGCCGCCGACGCAAGCAUCACAAUACCAGAUCCAGCAUCUAGAGGAGCUGCGAAAGGUAUUCCCACAAUUCUUCAAAUCGUCAAGCUGA